GUUCAUAGUUACACCUUCCUCCUCUUCAUAUAGCUCUCAUCAUCCAUAUUUUUCAUUAUCCACUAUGGCCGAACAAAUGGGAAACACACGUCCAGUGGCCGGACAAGAGGGAGAUCAAAGUGAAGAUACCCAAGAUAAAAGGAGAUGGACGGAUGAGGAAGAUGUUCAAUUGUGCAAGUCUUGGAAAGUUGUAAGCCAAUGUCCGGCUGUGGGCACAAAUCAGAAAAAAAACGACUUAUGGUUGCGCGUGAAGCGACACUUUGACGCAAAUUGGCCCAAGAGCCGAUCAAGCCAAUCUUUGCAGGGAAGGUGGAAAAUUUUGAAGAUUGAACUCUAUGAGUGGCAUUGUGCAUUAAGGCAAGCGAAAAAUUGGUACAAAAGCGGUUCGAAUGCGGUUGAUGAGCAAGAUGAAGCACACAAAUUGUGGCAUGUCGGGAUGAAGAGAAAAACUGGGAAGGCCAAAAGACACAAUUUUCAGAGCUUUGAUAGUUACGUUGUUGUGGAGGGCUUUGCACAAUUUAAAGACAUCCCUAGCCAUACAUCCGGAGGAACAUCAAAUGUAGGAAGUCAUCCCCAGCACACACAACCAAUUGCUGAAAAUUCCCCCAUCAACUUGGACAUGGAUGUAGAUGAGGUAAUUGCAGGUGAAACUGCAGAUCCUAAUGUGAGGCCUCAAGGAAGGAAGGCUGCGAAAGAAGCAAUCCGGAAAGCCAAGAAGGCAGCGAAAGAAGGAAGUCCUUACUCAAGCAGUCUCGAGAGUAUAGCGAACAACCAAAUAGAGGCAACGAAGGGCAAGAAAAAACUCGAUGAUGAAUUCGCUCGAAGUCUCCAAGAGGAAGAGAAAAGAGCAUGUAUCCUCUUGCAAAUCGAAAUGCGAAAAGAGCAACUCCUAUUUCAAGAAAGGCAAGAUCGAAUUAAAGAGAUGGAAGAGCGUAUUAAAGAGAGGGAAGAGCGUAUUAUGGAGAUUGAUACAAGUAAAAUGACGCCAAAUAAAAAGCGUUAUUGGUCAAGAAAACAAAAGAAGAUAGCGGAGAAAGAAGAUCUUGACGAGCAGCCGCCACCUUCUAUGGGUGGAUAUUAUCCGCAACCCAAUUUUGGUGGUGGAAUGCUCAUUUCUAAAUUCUACAAGGAGUUUCAGUAUAAUCACAUUGUGAGUACCACAAUUGAGUGCCUUGGGGAGCAGUGUUCUUUAUACUGGAACGAGUUUAGUUUUGAUUGGUCUACCGAUUCUUUGCAUGCCUGGAUUGCAGAUUCUGAUGGUUGGGUCUACAAAUCUCAAGGUCGAGACAAUAGUUCUAUUGUUGGUAAUUAUCUUGAGGAGGCUGACUAUUUACCUUCAGUUUUUGCUAGUUUCUCUAGAAACGUUUUAGAGCAUUGUUAUAAUGUAUAA